UUGCGGCUCCCGCGGCGGCCGCGGAUCAGCGUCCAAUCCCCGCCGCUCCGCUAAUCCGCCUCCCGGCAUGACCGCGCCGCGGGAUCCGCUCCUUCCCCGCAGUCUGCUCAUUACCGAGCGCUGCCCCGCACCGACCCGACCCAACCUACUGCUGCCGCGGAGACAGCUCGCAUUCUCAGCUCUCGGUGCAAGAGCAGCAGACACCGGGAGUGGGGACAGAGAGGUCGGGAACCGCGACUGGGACCGAGGGAAGUCCGGGACCGAGACCGGGAUAGAACAGCGGUAGAACUGCGAGAGCGGGACAUGGAACCCAAAGGCAGGAGGCGGAUCAAAUUCUCGGUCCCGGCCGCGAGCGACAGUCCGAGCGCCAGCGCAGGGGAGCGGAUCCGAAGACGGAGGCCGACUCCGGCCGCGUUGAUGCGAUUCCAGGACCAUCCGUCCACAGCUGCUGAGGACGUUGGGCAUAGCCCAGAUGAAGCUGGUUCCCCAGGUUUGCCAGCAGGUUUGGGGCAGUACUUCUGUGGUGCCCCCCAGCCGGACCCCGAGGAUCAGAGACCGAACUCGACUCCCGGGCCCCGGCCGCGCCCCGAACUAGCGGCAGCGGCUGCGGCAGCGGGUAGUAGCGCCGGGCCGUGUGUCUGGCACCGGCGGGCGAGUGCUGACAGUUGGAAUGCGACGGGAACGUCACCAAUUCCACAGCGAGUUCCCAGCGUGGGUUUAACCGGUGAUAACAGCGCCCAGAAUAGCGGCGGCGAGGUACUUAAAGGAGAGGCGAGCGGGCAGCGCUCAGACCGGACACCGAGACUGACCGAGCGGACACGGGUAUCUGUGGGAAACAAGAUGAAACUUUUGCCAGAAGCCACUCUCAUCGCCUCGGUUAGAGAGGAGGACCAGCGGCGGAGGGAGUUUUACGCGGCAGAAUGGGACGACCUGAUCCUGAAAACGCGGCCCCACGACCGGUGGUCUGCGGCGGAGCGGAGCGGCUGCCGGGGGGAGAGCUAUGCGAGGAAGGGGCAGGUGAGCUACCUGCUACAACGCGGCCCGGACCUGCGGCUCCGGGCGGGACUCCUUGGCCGUGAGCUGACCGAGUAUCACCUGCCGCUGCCCAUCUUCACACCGGCGCAGGUCGGCGGCGGCACCGAGCGGCCAGAGGCGGAGCGGGAGUGGGAGCGGUCGCGGAGCCCGAGCGGCGUCUGUGCCGACAAGAAGGAGAUCUCGGCGAUCACCAGAGACUUGCCGCCACUCAUGCAGCCCGCGUCCUUGGGCAAGAAGCCGGACAUGGCCCGCAGGUCCCUGUCACGCUCCAUGUCACAGGAAGCGCAGCGGGGCUGAGCUGCCCGGGUCUAUCCCCGGCGGACGGUGCAAGGAACCGGCAUGUGUUGGGCGGGCGGGCGGGGGCAGGUUGGCAGCGGGGCGGCGGAGACGGAUUUGGAAGCGGGGAGAGAGGCGCGGGGGUGACGGGCGGACGGGCGGGCGGGAGCGG